AUGCCGCGUUCACUUACCGCUCAAGUUGUUCCAACAAGUGAGGCUAAUACUGCAGCCUUGAGAAAUAUUCCAAAACUGAAUUCCAAAUUUUUGCAAAUCAAUAACUUGUUAGAAAAAGCUGCAAACGAAGGUGAUGAAUUCACAAUUAAAGUUGCCGUCGAUGAAAUGUUUGUUGAUGUUCGAGAUACACUUUUUGGAAUUGAUGCACUUUUGAAUUCAGUCUUUAAACAAAAUAAUAAUUUGAGGGAUUUGCUUAUCAAAUUUGGCGCAAAUCCUAAAUCUCGAUCAAAAGAUUUGAACUCAAUGUUACAUUUAUAUGCACUAAAGGGGUCCAUUCAAGAUGUAGAAUUAGCUCUACAAUAUAUUGAUAUCAAUUCUCAGGAUAUUAUUGGAAAUACUGCACUCCAUUAUGCCCGACGAAAUCAAAACAAUCAAGUUUAUGAUUUCCUAAUUGCCCAACCAGGUGCUGAUCUAACAGUUAGAAAUGCCAUUGGUAAAACACCAGAAGAAAUGGUUGCUCUAAGAAAUGAUUUGCAAUUUAUGGGCAAAUUUUAA